UAAUCAAGAUGUUGAAACAAUAUACAUCAUUAAAAUGUAUAAAAGUAUCUCUAUCAACGAAAUCUAAAACUCACUAUGAUACCUUAAAAAUAUCUCCAAAAGCUACACACAAUGAAAUAAAAUCAGCCUACUAUAAAUUAACAUUAGAAUAUCACCCUGAUAGAAAUAAAAGUAAAGAAGCAAAAGCAACAUUUCAAAAUAUUUCUAGUGCAUAUCAAACACUUAGUAAUUUUCAAUUACGUAAACAAUAUGACAGAACUAUCGCAAUUAAAUAUGCAGAUAUAAAUAAAAUACAAAGACCAAUUGAACACGAAUAUACUGAAAAAACAAUGAAUAAGAUGUAUGAUUACGAUGAAUGGCUUAGAUCACAUUAUGGACAAUCGUUUGAUAAAAGUAAAAUGAAAAGAAGACGAUAUGAUGACUAUCUGAUCUUUAAACGAUCAGCAAUGGAGUCGAACAAACGUGCCGACGCAUAUAAUAAAACUGCAAUUAUAAUAGCUUUUAUUGCUAUUAUAUUGUCGUAUAUAACAGAUCGUAAGAUUGUUAAAUAUGAUCAACCAAAAGAUAAAGAUGAUUAAUGUAAAAUUA